CGGAGAGUCCGUGCCAUUGUUAGGAAUAUCACCCCUGCUGACAGAAACACGCUUACCAGCGCUGCUUCACAAUGAAUGAAGAUCUGUUUGGGGCAAGACGUCUUCGAAUAAUAAACAUGGGUAAUUGAUUUGGGGAAAAACACAAUCAGUUCUCUUUGAAUCACUCGCGUUAUAUGAUGGAGGUUUUCGUUACAUCACCAAAAUUGAACAGUGUGCGAUUCUAAUGUAACCUAAUGCUGAAGUCGUUACAGUGUGCCGCUGAUUUUUUACAAAGAUGCUGACAAUAUUGCAGCAAUAUUGGACAUUCAACGCAAACAGAACCUAUUACAGUAACAGACCUUAAUGGGAAGAAGUCUUUAUUGCAUGUUCAAUUUAUCACAUUGGCUGUGGGAUUUCUUUUGUGGCGCAGGGGAUGCUGGAAGAGAUUGAAAUCUGAACAAUAGACCUAAAAGCAGCGCUGCUCUUUGUAGCUAAUAAAACGGACGGAAACCCACUCCAGGAAACCGAACCGCAGCCACCAAGAACACAAGAAUAUGGAGGUGAUCGUGCACUGAUUUUUUUUUCUCCAAACACAUCUCACUGGAUAUACAUUUCAUUCGGUUUUUAUUAAGAAAUCAACAGGGAAAAUGAAUUCAGCUGAAGCAGCCGAAGAAGGACCCACAGAUUCGGAUACGGACUCGUUUUUCAAAACUGGGUCUUUCAGGAACGAUGGAAUCAAAGCGUCUGACGUCCUGCUGGUUCUGAAGGAGAAGGUGGCUUUUGUGUCAGGGGGUCGUGACAAGAGAGGUGGUCCAAUCCUGACAUUCCCCGCCAGAAGCAACCAUGACAGAAUAAAGCAGGAGGACCUCCGAAGACUGGUGACAUAUCUGUCCACUGUGCCCAGUGAGGACGUGUGCAAGAGAGGCUUCACCGUGAUCAUCGACAUGCGCGGAUCAAAGUGGGACCUGAUCAAGCCCCUGCUGAAGACCCUGCAGGAGGCCUUCCCCGCCGAGAUCUGCGUGGCCCUCAUCAUCAAGCCCGACAACUUCUGGCAGAAGCAGAAGACCAACUUCGGCAGCGCCAAAUUCACCUUUGAAACCAGCAUGGUUUCAGUGGAGGGGUUGACAAAGCUGGUGGACCCCUCGCAACUGACUGACGACUUCGAGGGCUCGCUGGAGUACGACCACGAGGAAUGGAUGGAACUACGUGUGUCGCUGGAGGAGUUCAUCGGGAGCGCCGUGCACCUGCUGUCUCGCUUGGAGGACUUGCAGGAGAUGCUGGCCAAGAAGGAGUUCCCGGUGGACGUGGAGGGCUCGCGCCGGCUCAUGGAGGAGCACGCGCAGCUGAAGAAGCGCGUGAUGAAGGCGCCGGUGGAGGAGCUGGACCACGAGGGCCAGCGGCUGCUACAAUGCAUCCGGGGCGGCGGCGGUAACGAGGGUGGCUUCUCCAGCCGCGGCUGUGUCUCCGGAGGCGCCGACUUCCAGAGCUUGGUUCCCAAGGUGACCGGGCUGCUGGACAAGCUGCACUCGACGCGGCAGCACCUGCACCAGAUGUGGCACGUCCGCAAGCUGAAGCUGGACCAGUGCUUCCAGCUGCGGCUAUUCGAGCAGGACGCCGAGAAGAUGUUUGACUGGAUCAGUCACAACAAAGAGCUGUUCCUACAGAGCCACACAGAGAUUGGAAUUGGCUACCAGCAUGCCACGGACCUCCAAACUCAACACAACCACUUCGCCAUGAACUCCAUGAACGCCUACGUAAACAUCAACCGCAUCAUGUCGGUGGCGACGCGUCUCUCAGAAGCCGGACAUUACGCCUCGCAGCAGAUCAAGCAGAUCUCUGCUCGGCUGGACCAAGAGUGGAAGAGCUUCGCCGCCGCCCUGGAUGAGCGCAGCACCAUCCUCGCCAUGUCUGCCGUCUUCCACCAGAAGGCCGAGCAGUUCCUGUCCGGUGUGGAAGCCUGGUGUAGCAUGUGCAGCGAGGGGGGGUUGCCCUCGGGUAUGCAGGAGCUGGAGAUGGCCAUCCACCACCACCAGUCGUUGUACGAGCAGGUGACACAGGCCUACGCCGAGGUCAGCCAGGACGGCAAGGCCCUGUUGGAUGUACUGCAGCGCCCCCUAAGCCCGGGAAACUCCGAGUCCUUGACGGCGACGGCCAACUACUCCAAGGCAGUGCACUGCAUCCUGGACGUGGUGCAUGAGGUGCUGCACCACCAGCGCCGCCUAGAGGGCAUCUGGCAGCACCGCAAGGUCCGGCUGCACCAGCGGCUGCAGCUCUGCGUCUUCCAGCAGGACGUACAGCAGGUGAUAGACUGGAUCGAGAACCACGGAGAGGCCUUCCUCAGCAAGCACACGGGGGUGGGCAAGUCACUGCACCGGGCACGGGCACUGCAGAAGCGCCAUGAUGAUUUCGAGGAGGUAGCCCAGAACACCUACACCAACGCCGACAAGCUCUUGGAGGCCGCUGAGCAGCUAGCGCAGACCGGGGAAUGCGACCCAGAGGAGAUCUACAAGGCGGCCCGUCACCUGGAGGUCCGGAUCCAGGACUUCGUGCGGAGGGUGGAACAGAGAAAGCUCCUUCUAGACAUGUCGGUCUCCUUCCACACCCACACCAAAGAGCUCUGGACAUGGAUGGAGGACCUGCAGAAGGAGCUCCUGGAGGAGGUGUGCUCAGACUCUGUGGACUCUGUGCAGGAUCUCAUCAAGCAGUUUCAGCAGCAUCAGACAGCCACGCUGGAGGCCACGCUUAACGUCAUCAAGGAGGGAGAGGACCUCAUCCAGCAGCUGAGAGACUCCGCGAUGUCCAGCAACAAGUUGCCCCACAGCAGCUCCAUUGCCCACAUCGAGGGCGUGCUGCAGCAGCUGGACGAGGCGCAGGGCCAGAUGGAGGAGCUGUUCCACGAACGCAAGAUCAAGCUGGACAUCUUCCUGCAGCUGCGCAUCUUUGAGCAGUACACCAUCGAGGUGACGGCGGAGCUGGAUGCCUGGAACGAGGACCUCCUGCGGCAGGCGGGCGACUUUAACGCGGAGGAGCUGGCCCCGGCCGAGCAGAGGCUCCAGAGGCACACGGAGCGCAAGAUGGCCAUGAACAACAUGACCUUCGAGGUCAUCCAGCAAGGCCAGGACCUGCACCAGUACAUCAUGGAGGUCCAGGCGUCAGGUAUCGAGCUGACCAGUGAGAAGGAGGUGGACCUGGCCACACAGGUCCAGGAGUUGCUCGAAUUCCUCCACGAGAAGCAACACGAGCUGGACCUGAGUGCCGACCAGACGCAGAAAAGGCUAGAACAAUGUCUUCAACUGCGCCACCUGCAGGCUGAGGUUAAGCAGGUCCUGGGGUGGAUCCGGAAUGGGGAGUCGAUGCUCCACGCCAGUCUGGUGAGUGCCAGCUCCUUGUCGGAGGCGGAGCAGCUGCAGCGGGAGCAUGAGCAGUUCCAGCUGGCCAUCGAGUCCCUGUUCCACGCUAACUCGCUGCAGAAGACACACCAGAGCGCUCUCCAGGUGCAGCAGAAGGCCGAGGUCAUGCUGCAGGCGGGCCACUACGACCCGGACGCCAUCCGCGGCUGCGCUGAGAAGGUAGCCCUGCACUGGCAGCAGCUCAUGCUCAAGAUGGAGGAUCGGCUCAAGCUGGUCAAUGCCUCUGUGGCCUUCUACAAGACGUCGGAGCAGGUAUGCAGUGUCUUGGAGAGUCUGGAGCAGGAGUACAGGAGGGAUGAGGACUGGUGCGGGGGCCACGACAAACUGGGAGCCAACGCAGAGACGGACCACGUCAUCCCGCUCAUCAGCAAGCACCUAGAGCAGAAGGAAGCCUUCCUUAAAGCAUGCACACUGGCCAGGAGGAACGCAGAAGUCUUCCUGAAGUACAUCCAUCGGAAUAAUGUCAGCAUGCCUGGAGUGGCCAGCCACGCCCGGGGACCAGAGCAGCAGGUCAAAGCCAUCCUGAACGAGCUUCUCCAGAGGGAGAACCGAGUCCUGCACUUCUGGACAAUGAAGAAGCGCCGGCUCGACCAGUGCCAGCAGUACGUGAUGUUCGAGCGGAGCGCCAAACAAGCCUUAGACUGGAUUCAGGAAACAGGAGAGUACUACCUCUCCACUCACACCUCUCCCGGGGAGACCUGCGAGAGAACUCAGGAACUUCUGAAAGAGUAUGAAGACUUUAGAGUCGCUGCAAAGCAAACCAAGGAGAAGGUGAAACUUCUGAUCCAGCUGGCGGACAAUUUUGUGGAGAAGGGUCACGUCCACGUGACGGAGCUGAAGAAGUGGGUCACUACGGUGGACAAAUGUUACAGAGACUUCUCCCUGAGGAUGGGGAAGUACCGGUCAACACUGGAGACAGCACUGGGAAUCUGCUCUGAGGACAAUAAGGACUUGGAGCUGGACAUCAUCCCCGCCAGCCUGACGGACCCUGAGGUGAAGCUGCGGGACCCAAAUCAUGAGAUCAACGAGGAGAAGAGAAAGUCUGCCAGGAAGAAGGAGUUCAUAAUGGCUGAACUUCUCCAAACUGAAAAGGCCUAUGUCAGGGACUUGCAUGAAUGCUUGGAGACCUACUUAUGGGAGAUGACAAGUGGGGUGGAGGAAAUCCCGCCUGGAAUCGUGAACAAGGAGCAUGUCAUAUUUGGGAAUAUUCAGGAGAUCUAUGAUUUCCAUAGCAACAUCUUUUUGAAAGAGCUGGUGAAUUACGAACAGCUACCAGAGGAUGUUGGCCACUGUUUUGUCACCUGGGCUGAUAAAUUUCACAUGUAUGUGACGUACUGUAAAAACAAACCAGAUUCCAGCCAACUCAUCCUGGAGCAUGCUGGGACCUUUUUUGACGAGAUCCAGCAGAGACACGGCCUAACCAACUCCAUCUCGUCCUACCUGAUCAAGCCCGUACAGAGGAUCACCAAGUAUCAGCUCUUACUCAAGGAGCUGCUUACAUGUUGCGAGGAGGGGAAAGGAGAAAUCAAGGACGGUCUGGAGGUCAUGCUGAGUGUCCCGAAGAGGGCCAACGACGCCAUGCACGUCAGCAUGCUGGAAGGGUUUGAUGAGAACCUCGACGUGCAGGGAGAGCUCAUUCUUCAGGACACCUUCCAAGUGUGGGACCCCAAGUCCCUUAUCCGGAAAGGACGAGACCGCCACCUCUUCCUCUUCGAGAUCUCGCUCGUCUUUAGCAAAGAGAUCAAGGACUCAGCUGGACGCACCAAAUAUGUCUACAAGAACAAACUGCUGACAUCUGAGCUGGGAGUGACGGAGCAUGUCGAGGGGGACCCCUGUAAGUUUGCCUUGUGGGCAGGAAGAACACCCUCAUCUGACAACAAGACUGUCCUCAAGGCAUCGAGUAUCGAAGCAAAGCAGGAGUGGAUAAAAAACAUCCGGGAGGUGAUCCAGGAAAGGAUUAUCCACCUGAAGGGGGCGCUAAAGGAGCCCAUUCACAUGCCCAAAACCCCUGCCAAGCAGCGUAAUAGUAACAAGAGGGACACUGGAGAGGAUGCGGACAGUCAGGGUGACGGCAGUAGCCAACCGGACACCAUCUCCAUCGCCUCCCGGACCUCUCAGAACACUGUGGACAGUGAUAAGCUGUCCGGAGGCUGCGAGCUCACCGUGGUGCUCCACGACUUCGCGGCCGGCUGCAGCACCGAGCUCAGUGUCCAGACGGGCCAGACGGUGGAGCUGCUGGAGAGACCCAGCGAGCGGCCUGGUUGGUGCCUGGUUCGGACCACCGACAGGAGCCCCCCCCAGGAGGGCCUGGUGCCCAGCAGCGCCCUCUGCAUCUCGCACUCUCGCAGCAGCGUUGAGAUGGACUGCUUCUUCCCGUCGGGGAAAGAGAACUAUGGUGGUCAGGAAACGAAGACGGAGUCAGUGGCCACCCUUCAGCCACAGACCUCCAUGAGCUCCAUCCAGACCAGCUCGCCGGGCCCUAAGCGCUCGGGCAACACGCUGAAGAAAUGGCUCACCAGCCCCGUGCGACGGCUGAGCCACGGCAAGGCCGACAACGCCGUCAAGAAGGUGCCCAGCAAGGGCAAGAAGAGAGACGGCCGCAAGAGCAUCGACUUGGGGCCUCCCAAGUUUGGUGACACCGAUGCUGUGCAACAGGACGAGAGCGCCGACGAGCGGGGGAGGAAGGAGGGCAGCCUGUCCAAGUCCUCCUCUGGAAUGCAGAGCGGCGGCGAGGAGGAGCCCGAGGACGAGUCGCACACGCCUCUGCCGCCCCCCAUGGAGAUCAUCAAGGACCCAUCAGCCCAGGAUGAGAAGUCCUCGUCUUUGCUCGCUGCCCGUCAGGUCGCUGCCGAAGUCCCCAGUGCUGCCGAGCUUGUCAGUGCAAUAGAAAAAUUGGUCAAAACUAAGAUGACCCUGGAGCCAGGCUCCUACCCAGGGUUCAGCUCUAUGGAUCCCCCCGAGCCGCCCCCGCAGCCCCGGGACCUGGAGAUGGAGCAGAAGGCCAAGGCCCUCAGAGGACGCAUGUUUGUCCUUAAUGAGCUCAUCCAGACUGAGAAGGAUUACGUGAAGGACUUGGGAAUCGUGGUGGAGGGGUUUAUGAAGAGGAUAGAGGAUAAAGGCAUUCCUGAAGACAUGAAAGGGAAAGACAAGAUUGUUUUCGGGAAUAUUCACCAGAUUUACGACUGGCACAGAGACUUUUUUCUUGGUGAGCUGGAGAAAUGUCAGCAGAACCCUGAUCUGCUAGCAGAGCUGUUCAUAAAACAUGAGAGACGUUUACACAUGUACGUGAUCUACUGCCAGAACAAGCCCAGGUCCGAGUAUGUUGUGGCGGAGUACGAUUCAUACUUUGAGGUAGUGCAACAGGAAAUUAACUCAAGGCUGUCCAUUAGUGAUUUCCUCAUAAAACCAAUCCAGAGAAUAACCAAAUAUCAGCUGCUUCUCAAGGACUUCUUGAAGUACUGCAUGAAGGCAGGUGUAGACUGUCAAACCAUUCAGAAAGCUGUGGACCUGAUGUUCCUGGUGCCCAAGCGUUGCAAUGACAUGAUGAAUCUCGGCAGGCUGCAAGGCUAUGAGGGGAAGCUGACCAGCCAAGGCAAGUUGCUCCUGCAGGACACCUUCUUCGUCACUGAGCAGAGCUCAGGCGUCAUGUCUCGGAGCAAGGAGCGCAGGGUCUUCCUCUUCGAGCAGAUCGUCAUCUUCAGUGAGUUGCUCCGCAAGGGCUCGUCCACGCCGGGAUACCAGUUCAAGAAGAGCAUCAAGGUGAGUGUCCUGAGCAUGGAUGAGAAUGUGGAGAACGACCCCUGCAAGUUCAUCCUGUCCUGCAGGGGCUCGUUAGAGCGCUUCACCCUGCAGGCUGCUAAUCCCGACAUCAAGCAGGUCUGGGUGCACAACAUCAAAGAGGUCCUGGAUGCUCAGAGCAACUUCCUGUCAGCUUUGCAGUCUCCCAUCGAGUACCAGAGGAUUGAGAGCAGUUCCCUUCCUCGGACCCAGUCGGGCAACAUACGCUCUCCCCAGCCCAACAACCGACCCCUGUCCUCCACCUCGGUGGGGGCAGAGAAGCCUCCACUAUCGAGUCGCACCCCCACUCCACUCAAGAUAUCUACCUCUAAUGGCAGUUCCUGCUAUGACCCCCACAAGCACGGAGAGCGCUAUGAACUGCCCAAACAGCACGACGUGGCUGGAUGUAAUGGGAUGUCCUCCUCUAUGGUGGUGAUCCAGGACUACAGCGCACUGAAGGAGAACGAGAUCUGUGUCUCCCAGGGUGAAAUGGUGCAGGUCCUGGCCACAAACCAGCAGAACAUGUACCUGGUGUACCGGCCGGCCAACAGCCAGUCCCCAGCCGCCGAGGGCUGGGUUCCAGGACACAUCUUGGGCCCCCUCAGUCGAGCUCUCUUAGACAGUGCUGAAGGAAGCCUCAAGAAAUCGCUUUCGUGGCACACGCUGCGCAUGAGAAAGCGAGGAGAAAAAGGUGACGCAAAGGGUGAGAACGGACUCCGUAAACCCAAGGAAGCUGUGAGCGGCAAGGUCUCUGUUAAAGAAUCUAACAGCUCAGAAGAGUCAGAUUGCGAUGAGCUAGACCCAAAAACUAGCAUGGAGUUACUGAAUCCCAAUUUUAUCCAAGAAGUGGCCCCGGAGUUCCUGAUCCCGCUUGCGGACGUGACCUGCGCCUUUGGCGAGACUGUGGUGCUCUGCUGCAAAGUCUGCGGCCGUCCAAAACCAAACAUCACCCUGAAGGGCCCGGAUCAGAACCCCGUCGUCAACAACAGUCGUUUCACUAUAAACAUCAGGGAUACUGGAGACAUCCUCCUAAAAAUCUGUAACUUGAUGCCACAAGAUACGGGUAUUUACACCUGCGUUGCCGUCAACGACCAUGGGACCGCGUCCUCCUCAGCCUCCAUUAAAGUCCAAGGUAUCCCAGCAGCCCCGGCACGUCCCGUGGCUCAGGAGGCCAGCAGUACAGCUGUGAUCGUGCACUGGCUCCCACCGGCAAGCUCAGGAAACUGUGCCGUGUCAAGCUACACCGUGGAGUACCGGCAGGAAGACUCCCUGGUGUGGCAGCAAUCCGUAGUGUCCACAAGAGAUGUCUGUGUGAAGAUUGAGGACCUCAUCCCAGGAGGACAUUACCAAUUUCGGGUCAGUGCCAGUAAUCCCUGGGGAGUGAGCCCACCCAGCGAGCCCUCCAACAUGGUGACCCUGCCAAGCGGAAAUUCUACCUAUGACGGCAUUGGAAUUCAGUGGAAAGACAACUUUGAAGUAACCUUCUCAGAAAUCAGUGAGAUUGGAAGGGGCAGAUUCUCAGUGGUGAAGAAGUGUCUGAACAAGGCGACCAAGAAAGAGGUGGCUGUGAAGUUCAUCAGCAAAAAGAUGCAGAAGAAGGAGCAGGUGGCCCACGAGGCAGAUAUCCUCAGACACGUGCAGCACCCACAGCUGUCGGUGCUCUGCGACACCUAUGAGUCAGCCACCUCCUUCAUGCUGGUGCUGGAACUCCUGGAGGAUGGCCGGCUAUUGGACUACCUGGUAGCCCAUGACGUGCUGAUGGAGGAGAAGGUGGCCUCGUACGUGAAGGACACCUUUGAGGCACUUCAACAUCUCCACACCUGCAAGGUGGCGCACUUGGAUCUGAAGCCUGAGAACCUCAUGGUGGAUCUUCACGUGCCUGUUCCAUGCGUCAAGCUCAUUGACUUCGGAGAUGCUGUCCAGGUGUCAGGACACCGCCACGUCCACCUGCUUCUGGGAAACCCAGAGUUUGCCGCCCCUGAACUGAUCCGGGGGACACCAGUGUCCCUGAGCACUGACGUGUGGAGCAUAGGGGUGCUGGCUUAUGUCAUGCUGAGUGGGGUUUCCCCCUUCCUGGAUGAGAGUCUGGAGGAGACGUGUAUCAACAUCUGCCGGCUGGACUUCUGCUUCCCGGAUGAGUACUUCCAGGGUGUUAGCCAGGCGGCCAGGGAUUUUAUCACGUCUGUGCUCCAGGAAGAUCCCCGUAAAAGGCCCAGUGCAACAGGCUGCCUGCAGCACCCGUGGGUGAGCGGCCAUGCCGGAGAACACUCCAAGAACCCCCUGGACACCACCCGACUGGCCUCCUUUGUUGACAGGCGACGCCAGCUGAAUGACGUGCGCCCAGUCACCAACAUAAAAGGCCUGGUGACCAGCAGUAUGGGACACACGCUAUGAGCCCUGGUUACACCUGAGCGAACACACUCGCGUAUCGCCGUUACCUUGAUUUGACAGAGCCCUCUCUCUUUAAAGACAAACUUUGAAUCACGUGUAUGAUAUAUUUUACUAAUUCCUCUGCAGUGUCAAUAUAUUAUGCUAAGGAGCUUUAACGAUGCUAUUAAUUUAAAGAAAAGAACAGCACUAAAUUAAAGACAUAUGAGUCCCAGGGAAAAUCAGGAAAGCUCAUAAUUACCCAUAAUACAUCUGGUACAGACAAAACCUUUAAACCUGUUUGUUUCUGAUGACAGUUGUGUUCAUUUAUGUUUGGCGAUUUUUUUUUAUAUAGUUUGCUUUGAGUCCCACAAGCAGAUGAAAGAAAAAAAAGUAAGUAAGGGUAAUUGAAUGUAACAUUGCAGAAUGUAGUCUGACACUGAGAGAUCCUUAUCACUGUUAUUGGAAGUACGCCUUCGGGGGGGUACACCAGCUGCUUUUCUGGACUUCAGUCUGAAAUGUGACGAGAUAAUCUACACGUUUCAUGUCAGGGAGUGUGUUCUGUUGUUUGCUCUUAGUAACCGUGUGUGAGAGGGACUCAGUGACAAUGUUAGUCAUUAUAUUACUGUUGUCCAUUGUUUGUUACAUAGACAGUGUAGAAGAAAUGUCUGAAGAAGAAAAAUCUCAACCUGGAUUUAUUUUUUAGCGGUUUUCUUUCAUAGAACAAAAACUAAAACUUGUUUUGUUUGUAAACAUGGUACAUAGAAUAACAUAAAUCAAAAUCUUUAUCAAAGACUUUACAAAAUGUCACCAUUGUCAUAUUUAAAAAAGUGUCUAAAUAAGUUAAUCUGAACUACCAAGCCUUAAAAUGUAUUGUAUUAACUUUUCUUUUGACAAACUUUAAAUCUAAAGGUCCAAAUGUCUGUAUAUACAGUUAUAAUGUUGUAUGAAAUUUAUUUUUAAACUGUUAUGUUACAGUGUUAUGUAAUGGAAAUAUUUCUAUUUAUUACUAUUUAUAAUUUGGAUUUUAUAACCGCAAACAAAAAACAAUGGUGCAAAAGGUUAAGUGUCUUUCUGUGUGAAACACUGAAGUAGUAACACUAACGUAGGUGUUUGGGUCCGUAGGUCGAGUUUGUGUCAUGUGAUCGGGCCCAAGCGCUAAGUAAAUCAACUGCCCUUUCUGCAAUUUCCAAAUGCUGAUUUCUCAACAGGCACUAGAAAAAAGUAAUAAUACAUAGACCAUUCAGGGGUUAUAGGCUCAGUCUCUAGAGGAAAUAAACUGUGAAAUGUGAAUUUGCUGCAUUUUUAGAUUUGCUUUAAGUGUUUCAGCUUAGGCAUUGAAUGUGAUCGAACAACGCUUGGGUCGUUUCUUUUCAGUUGUUCUGGGAAUUUUUAUUGGAAUUGAUUCUGAUGAGCUAAAUGAAAUGGCAACAUGAAAUGCCACGGCGAUACUGAAUACUACAUACUCCUCUUGUUAUUUUUAUGGAAACACCAAAUAUAAUACACAGCUGAACAGCCAGGUACCACAUCGAUUGUCGUUCAUCUUGAAAAAGCAAUGCUCAGACACCAGAUAUCAAAAUAUGCUAGUGUUUGGGGAUGAUGAGAUUACCAUACAUGAAUGACGUUGGGAAGGAAUGAUCACAUCCAGAUUAUCAUCUCCCUGAGCAAAUGUGAAACAACAACAUCAGCAAUACGGUAAAGAUUCCCAUCAAUCAAUGGGAGAUUUGUGCCUGUUUAUAAACUUGCAUCCUAAAAACGGAUUGGAGGAGAGACGUGCAAAAAACUGUUAAUUACCAUCUUAUUUCGCUUGUGCACUAGGAACAGUUUGAGAGGUGAAAACGUACAGCUAAAAAAAUGUCCGGCAUUUGUCUAACUGAAUGUUGUAACCCAAAGCGGGAAUGUCAAUUUUUAAAAAGACUAAUCAGCUUUGAAAAUUUAGCCUUGUCUAAGCAGAUCCAGGUUUGUUGUAGUUCCCCUCGUCAUCAGUGAUAUAAACUCUCAGCUAUGUAACACUAACCACAAAGCUACUGAUGGUGCAUUGCCUUGCUGUAAGUUAAGUAAUUGCUUCGAUGUUUGGAUUUUCUGCUUGAUGUCUUUUGGCAGAAUGGCGUUGUAGGGUCAUGAAACAGCAAAACUAAAAACUAGCUUUGUUCCCUGCGGCAGCAUGCCCCUUGUACAUUAUCUUCUUUCAUGUAAUAUGGUACUUUGUAAAUAAAUCUGUCUAUACGAUUUGCAAA